AUGAAUUCGACAAUUGACAGCGAAGCCACGUUCGCUGCCCGGGCCACCGAGCUCGGCAUGGAGCGUGCUCUCUUGGAUUUGCUUGUGAACAACAACGUGAAGACGAUGGGCGCGCUAGCCUUUGUGAGCCCCUAUCAAAUCGGUCAAGCAGACGAGAAACCUCUUCUUGAAGCCCUCAAAGCCCUGAUAGGGCGCGACUUGACCGCGAAGGAGCUGAUCCCAGUCAGGCGAUUGUGGUUCGAAGCCUCGACCACAGUGAUGGGGGAGUUGAAGCAGAAAGUAGAAAGAAAUGACUCUGCUGAACCAGUUCGUCUAGCCAUAGCGGAAAGAACAACACGUCUGGAUGAGCAGAAAAAGCGCCUUGUGGGCGUGUGCAUCAACAGUGAGUCUGAACCUUCUCACCGCCUUGUGGAUGUUGUCUUCCAGCAGGGCGCGGAUCAGCAGCUGACGUGGUUGCCUUGGGAGAAGUUGACAAGUCGGGCUCAUGAGUUGACGCAUUCUCGCUCCGACAACGCCAUCCUGUUUGAUGCUCAGGGCAACAUGAGGCUGACUAAGAAGAUGCAGGAGAGCCAGUGUACUCUGACAGGUGAGCUCCAAGCUCGACAAGCGCUUCAGAGGCGCGCGUUGGCGUAUGACCUCGCCCGCUUGUGUGACUAUGCUGUCAUGGAAACCUACCAUGAGGAGUUGUUCCAGCUCCUCACUCGGCCUCCACCUCCCAAUGCCCUCUACGUCUCAAUGGGCCAAAUCCGAGAAGCUGAUAAGCACUUAUUCAUCAGGAUCGCAGAGCAAACCCGGGGCUCUCUCACUGCUCGCCAGGAUGGUGCUAAGCCCUUGCAACAGCAGCUCGAGCUUCUCAAGAACCAUCCUCAGGUGCAGUUCUUCUUGAUGCCACCGCAGAAGCCUCUCCGCUACUCUCCUUAUGAUGGCAAAGGGGAGGGCAAGAAGGGAGCUGGAGGCAAGGGAAAAGGGAAAGCAUCGACCGGUGCUCCCGCAGGAGGGGCUGCGCAAGUGGACCUCCCAUCUGGAUGCAGUGCCAAACACAAUGGCAAGCCAAUAUGCUUUGCGUACAACAGGGCGGGCUGUAAGUUUGCCAAGGAUGGCAAGCGGUUGCGCCUCGCCCUGGAUCGACUUCUUCAACGAAGGUGUUUCAAGCUGGGGCCUACAUUUUCGGUGUACUGGCCGGUCUACGCCGGUCUUGAGUUUGUUUUCAGUAACAUUGCUGUCUUUGCGAACUUACGGACUGAGAUGCACCUAGAUCCUAAUAAUCUGGAGGGCACUUUGAACUUUGCCAUUGCCCUGUCUUCCUUCGAAAGCGGACAGAUUCGACUUGAAGGCGGGCCGCAGGGUUCUGAGGCCCUUUUGGAUGUCAAGCCAGGCGUCUUCUUUGAUGCCCGGACUCGACGCCACGGGACCUGUGAAUGGACAGGUCAGCGGGUCGUUCUUGUGGCAUUCAGCCUCAGGGGCUCCGAUCGCCUUUCUGCAAAGGACGUGUUCGCUGGCUGUGCUCGCUUGUCAGCUACGUUCGCCCGGGUUGGUUUCAAGGUCAUGCCCUUUGAUGGCCCUCGGAACCCGCAUCAGCCUGAGCAUCCUGUGUGCACGCUUGACCUGACAUUGCCGAUUUGCCAACAGAUCUUCUUGAGCCGCCUCGAGAAUUCCAGUGUCUUCUUGAUUCACUUUGGGUUGCCUUGUGGCACAGGAUCGCGUGCCCGCGAGGCGCCACUUCCCCAACAUCUGCGAGCCCGUGGUGCUCCUCAGCCUCGCCCGCUACGAGACCAUGUGCACGUCUUGGGCCUCCCUUCCUUGAGUCCUCAGGAGUCUGCUAGAGUGGAGGCCGCCAACCGACUGGCCGAGUUCGUGGUGCAAGUGCUUGUGCGAGCACAUGAUCAAGGCUGGCGCAUUGUCAUUGAGAACCCCAUUCGUUCUUGGAUGUGGAGUGUUCUAGCCCACUUUGUGCGCGCGCUUGACAAGCCUCGCUUUCGGUCAUGGUACUCCGAGCUGUUCACUUUUGAUUUUGAUCAAUGCUGUUGGGGCGGUCGCCGUCGCAAAACUUCCAGGUUCUUGACCAAUGUGCCCGAGCUUCGCUCCUUGGUGGCUUCUUGUCAAAAUGAUCACCCUCACGAGCCGUACCGCAUCUUCAGAGGUGCGGCCUCUUCUUGGAAAUUCGACACGGCUUCCGAGGCCGAGUAUCCUUUGCCUUUGUGCGAACAGUACGUUCGCCUCCUGUGCCCGCUGGUCAAUGCCCAGCCGCCAAACCUGCCUAGGCCUUUGGUUCGUCAGGUUCAUCGGAAGCCUCCUCUCGUGCCUGAGUACAAAUCCUUCACAAAUGUCCGCCCUGAAAGUGGUGAGUUUCGCGAGCUCGCGUCAGAUCGGGGUGUUGGCGGGAGCGGCUCAACUCAGGGCUCCACGUUUGGAGUCUUUCACUCUAAGGGUGAGUUCCUUGAGAAGGCGCUGGAAGUUGAGCACCCCUUUGAUUCCGCCUUUGCCAUUGACGAUCAGACCAAAAGGAACGUCUUCGAGUUGCUCACCAUGGGUCUCCUGGGCCCUGCUCGCAGGCGGAUGGACACUCAGAAAAAGCUUUCAGCGUUGAAGCGUGAGCUUGCCGUCGAGGAGAAGCGUUUUCACGCCUCCCUUCCGGAGCACGCCCAAAAGGUGCUCAAGGGGAAGAACAUCUUGUUGUGGAAGAAGCUCCUUGAGGAGACCGGGUUCCCAGACAUCACGGUCGCUGAGCUCAUGGAGGGCGUCCCACUGGUCGGUAGGCCUAGUAAGUCUUCCUUGUAUGGGUGGAAGGAGCAGCCGGCGACCACAACGUUGGAUGAUCUUCUUGUUUCCUCCGUGUGGAGGAACCCUGCGCUGGCGGCGAAGGGCAGAGUUGGGGACGACCCCGUCCUAGCCGAGAAAAUCUGGCAGGCUACACUUUCGGAGGUGGAGAGGGGCUUCAUCUCGGGGCCCUACGAUUCGGAAGAGGACGUUAAGAAGGCCCUUGGAGUUUCUCACAUCUGCUGCAGCCGGCGCUUUGGGGUGAAGCAAGGUGCAGGCGAUGCUUUGAAGUAUCGCCCCAUCGACGACUUCAAGGAGAGUGCCAUAAAUUCUGCCUACCACGCGGUGGAUCGCUUGCAGCUGCAUGACGUCGACUACUUUGUUUCCUUGAUAAGGUUUCUGGCGAACUCCGUGGACGACUCGGGUGCAGUCAAUGUCGAGCUGUCCGACGGGACAGUGCUGAGUGGGGCUGUGCACAGUGACUUUCGAUCGGGGCGGCGCUGGCUUGGACGGUGUCUCGAUCUGGAAAAGGCGUAUAAGCAGGUUCCCAUAUUGGCCGCUCACUUGCCCCUAGCCGUCAUAAUGGUAUGGGACCCGAACACCAGCCGCAACAGAUAUUUUACCACUUGGAGCAUGCCGUUCGGCGCAUGCGCGGCCGUGUUUGGAUUUAAUCGCAUAUCCAGGUCGCUCUUACAUCUGGCCUCGCACCUUUGCGCCGUCAUAGGAGGCGUGUAUUUUGAUGAUUAUCCUAUGAUCGAGCCUGCUGAGUCUUCUAGGAUGUGCAGCCUCUCGGUGGAAACCCUGCUUGACUCCUUGGGAUGGUCUUAUGCCGUCGGUGACGACAAGGGUCAGCCUUUUGAGGAAACCUUCAACCUCCUUGGCAUGCGGCUGGGCGUUUCUAGAAUCAUGGAUGACAUCCUCGAGCUCGAGAACAAGCCCAGCCGGGUCCAGAAGCUCGUUGAGGCAGCCAGGAGAAUGGCUGCGAGUGGGGUUGUGAGCAAGAGUGACUCUGCAUCCCUUCAUGGCCAACUGAACUUCAUGGUGGGCUUCGCUUCCGGCCGUUCCUUGAAAUUUGCUGCGCGAGCCUUGUCAAACCUUUAUCACUUUCCACGGGAUCAGCCUGACGAGGAGGUGAAGUCCUUGGGCCGCUACCUUGAGUCUGCGCUUUUGAGCUUGGAGCCCAAGGUCAUCAGGCUGAGGUCAGGCGGGAGGCCGGUGUCAGUCUUCAGCGACGCCUCUUACGAAGAUGGAGUGGCGGCAUGGGGCAUUGUCUUGGCAGACCCUGUCUCUGGUGAGAGGCUGGUAGCUGGCGGGAUUGUAGAUGAUCACCUUGUGCAGUUUUGGCUUGAUGAAGGAGUUGAACAAGUCAUUUCACAGGCCGAGGCCUUUGCUUUGGUUCUGGCAAGGAGAGCUUUCAAGGACCACCUGCAGUGCCGCAGAUGCGUGUUCUAUGUCGACAAUGAUGCGGCGCGCUAUGUAUGCAUUAAGGCGAGCAGUCCGAGCCGAACCCUCCUCUCCUUGGCCUGCUCCUUUUACGCCAGUGAGUCUCAUGACGGAGUCAUUUCAUGGCUGGAGCGUGUUCCUUCUGCGAGCAAUAUCGCUGAUCUCCCUAGCAGGGGAGAAUGCGCUGAGGCGGCAAAGCUGAUAGGAGGCAAGAUUGUCGACUGCAGUCAGAUUGCAUCGGACCUGACUUCGGAAAUUUUGUCCGUGGAUGAUCUUCCGUGGAGCCUUCUCGCUACGUCCUACAAGGACAAAGCACCUCCGAUCUUCUUGUGA